AUGAGUGGUACUGAGGCAGAAGGCCACUCCUCCUUCAGGAGCCUGGCCGAACUCCCCCGUCAGACCGAUCCAGCGAACGCACAGAUCAGACCCGAGGUCUAUAGGCAAUGGACUUUCGCGGCCGAGAUUGUAGCUGUGGCAUCCUCCGACCAUUACGAUACUGCCUUGGUUGUCCGUGAUGGCGAUGAGCAAGUUUUGACCGUGGGCUUCGACCUCGCCGUGGACGACGGCAUCGAAGAUCUCGUCCGAAACACUUUCAAGACCGGUUGCACUCUUUUGAUUCUCAACGCGCACAAAGUCGAUAUCCGCGGCGGAAGGGACGUGACCGGCAUCGAGGUCAAGGACAUUGGUCACAUAAAGGUCUUGCCCUUCUCCCUUGCAGCCGUGACUGGCAUCUACUCCAAGCUGCUCGAUUCCACCUCUGUGGAGGAUGGCAAUCGCAUUUGCAAUGGAUGCUCCCGGCGUCGUCGCGGACUCCAUCCCUGCCCUCUCUGCAGGAUGGCUUACUUCUGUAACCGUGUAUGCGGUCACUUCUUCUACUUCUCUGAUGUUUGGGACAAUCACUGA